UAGUUCUGGUUACCACAUCUAGGCCUAAAGACUACAACACACUUAUUCUCGGUUGAAACCUUGUGCAUAUUUGUGUGUAGCGGCAUCUGCCACACCGGUCUUACUUCACCUGAAACCUGUACAAGCAAGCAACAGUAACGUAAGACAAAGCUCUUCUUUGUGGGUCAGUGAUGCAGCCGGAGUGACGCAGCAGUGGCAGCAGCCUCCAGAAGGCAACUAUGCACAGCAGGAACAGGGAACCUCUGCCAGAACCGUAGUCCACAGACAGCAGUGACGAGAGAAGAUGGUAAAGGCCUAAUCUAGGCCAUGGGAAGAAUGGGAGCCGGGUAGUCGCUCUCCUUUCCUGCUCCUAAACAAACACCAGAGAGACUUCCACAGCGGCAGAGACAGGCCCGGCAAGACCUUCAGCACAGAACCAUUUUGAUGACCGUGGUGUCCCCAUGUACGCAGAACCUCAUGGAUAGUGCUCACCCUCACACUGUGCUCAGUAAGCUCAAUGAGCAGCGCUCUCAAGGCCUCUUCUGUGACGUUACCAUUGUGGUGGAGGAUGUGAAGUUUCGGGCCCACAAGAACAUCCUGGCAGCCUGCAGUGGGUACUUCAGGAACACUCUUACGACUUCUGAGACAUGGAGCUCAAACCAAGUGCUGGAGCUGAUGGACCUGAAGUCUGAAGUGUUUGCCAGUAUUCUCAACUUUAUAUACUGCUCUAAGGUGACAUCACCUAGUGCAGAGGACACAGGGGGGCUGGUAGCGGCUGGAAAAAGACUUGGAAUUCCGUUUUUAGAGAAGCUUGCAGAGCAAGAGAGGCAGGAUGAAUGUGUUAAAUCCACAGAGUCCAGCACAGCCCUCGUGUCUAAAAUAACAAAGAAGGAAGCCCCCAGGCCUGAGGAGACGGACGGUGCCAGAGGGCCACGCAUCACCAAUGCCUUCUCUAUCACUGAAGUCUGCCCUGGGAACAAUCCUUUCACUCCUCUGGUUAAAACAAAUGGGGACAGGCAGUCACCAGAUGUGGGACAGCUUCCAUCAAGUUGUCCUACGACGUCCUGCUUCAACGGGAACAAUGAGACCACCCAUGCCCUCAUAGAGCACUCAUAUGCAGUAAGCAAAUCCACUGAAAGCAAAGACAGCAGUCAGUGGGACAACAAGAAGGUCUGCAAGCCAGCUGUAACACAGCAAAAGCAACUCAUGUACAGGAAUGCAGGCCCGCUCAAAAAGCGCCACAGGCUAAGAGGCAUUUUGGGUAGAAGUAUACUUCCAACACCAGCUGAACCGCAAACAGACAAACCAAAUACAAUAACCCCCGUAUUAACUGAAGGUGUUACUGCAACACCUGUCGCAGCCAUGACACCACCUCCACUUGUUUCAGAGGCAGAAACAGAAAAAAAUGCAGACACAGAAUUACCUGCAGCCACUGAUGAUCCUCAGAUUGAGUUAGGUCCACCGACCCUGUCCCCCCACACAGAGGACAGCAUCUCAAUCUACAGCUGCGAGCAGUGUCCCGAGAUAUUCACAAAUAAAGCUCUUCUCACUAUUCACUCAGAGGUACAUAAAAAGCGUUUUGUUAGUCAUUUGUUUUGCAAGUUUUGCCACAGAAAGUUCAUACACCUCAAACGGCUACGCAACCAUGAGCAGGUCUGUCCUAAAGCCAUGACAGGCCCGCCUAAACUAGACGCCAGUGAUAUACCAUCCAAAGAGGUGGAUCACCAUUCAGAUGACAAGUCAGACACAGAAGACGUCCUGACACAGCCUCCUCCUGACGACCUCCCCAGCCCUUACACUCCAGAGCCGAUUCAGGUGGACCAAUCAGAGUCUCCACAGGAGGAAAAAGUAGUAAAGCCAGGUGGUGGUCAGAGGAGAUACAAUUGCAGUGUGUGCAAACGGGUCUAUGUCACCCUGUCCAGUCUGAAGCGGCACGAGAAUGUACAUUCCUGGCAAAGGGCUUAUCCCUGCCAUUAUUGUAAUAAAGUGUUUGCUUUGGCAGAGUACCGUACUAAGCAUGAAAUCUGGCACACAGGUGAACGCCGCUAUCAGUGCAUAUUCUGCCUGGAGACAUUCAUGACAUACUAUAUCCUAAAGAACCAUCAAAAGUCCUUUCAUGGCAUUGAUCCCACUCUAGCUGUUAAAAAGAAAUCUGCCAACGGUGGGUUGAAAGCCAGUGUUUAUCCAAUCAAACUCUACAGGCUUCUACCCAUGAAAUUUAGAAAGAGACAAUACAAGACGUACAGUGAGACAUAUUCAGAAAGUGUUGAAGGAAGGGAUCAACCUUUACGAGACAGCAGCUCUCUUAUCCCUCCAUUUGAAGAAAAUGGUGUGAUCAGCCACCCUGACACAGCUUCACUCCCUCUGACAUUCAUGGCAACGACAAAAAUGGUCUCACCUGUCAUGCCUCGCAUCAGCUUUGACAAACCAUUUGACCAAGAUAUUGACCAGUGUCUGAACAAUGAAUUAGAAAUUCGGGGAGGCACAAGAAAAGAGGCUGAGAACAGAGAUCCACCCUUUAUUAACUAUGACAGCACCUUCUCUGUGCAACCCAAUACAGAGUCUCCUACAGGUUACAAAGAUGGUCCACCAGUGUUGAUUAACUCAGAGCACAUGAGUCAUAAUCUGCCUCUCUUCAACUCCUUGAACACAGUUAAAAAGUUAGGUGAGCUAUCAGCAUCUGCAAAAAGAGUUGAGGAAAUGACCAAGGAGAUACUUCAAUCAAGCACAGGGAAUCUGGUGCGCGAUAAAACGGUGGAAGCAAAAACGGAAACAUAUAUUGCCAAACCUGCUUGUCCAGGUCCAUCUGUGGACAGUGAUGCUAUGCCACUCUGUCAGAUAACAGUGAAAAUUGGCAAUGAAGCCAUCAUCCGUCGCCAAAUCAAAGGAUCUAAGCUCUUCCCCAGAAAGAAAAGAAGAAUCAGAGGACUGAGUGAGGAGCAGAGCCCAAGCCGGUGCCCUCCAACAAGGGAACACUCAGAGAGUCCCAGACUCCGCCUCAGACCAGGAGUCACUGCCACCCCAGAGCUAGAGACAUACGAUGAUCCCAAUGACUGUGACACAGCUGACAUGCUUUGGCGUCCUUACUAUUCUUACAAGGCUAAAAAGAAAAGAAAGAAGCUCAGACACAAGCACAGAAAAGCUUUGUUUCACCAUUAUCCUGAAACAUCAGUAGACAGGACUACUGCCAGUGAGGCCCACCUUGACAGAAGUAGCUGGCUGGCAGAGGAGAGCAUCCCAGGUGGCAGCACAGGGGUGAAACACAGUCUUAGCAGGAACUGUAGCCCGAGGGCCACCUACAACUGUGACAUCUGUGACAGCUCUUUUAUCACAGAGACCGGUCUGAGAGCUCAUGUUAUUGGUUCCCACCCGUGUUUCUGCCGGACCUGUGGUAAACAAGGCCCUCCUGGUGAGGCACCUGCCGGCGGAGAUUACAUCUGUAACAGCUGUAUGGAAAAUGGUUCCUGUUUUGAUAAUACACCCCGGAGCCCCAACCCAGAGAAGAAGUAUCGCUGCUCCUUCUGUCCCCAGCGUUUUCUCUACCUGGCCACCAAGAGGAGCCAUGAGAAAAAGCACCAAGAGACACAUGAGGAAGGAUACAAUUAUGACAGCUUCUCACCAUGUCCUAAAUACUCAGCACUCCUGAGUGAAGACAGUAAACAAGACGGCAUCAAAACAGAAGACGGCGACAAUCAAGGCAUCGACAUCAAACGUGAAAGGGUGGAGGGAGAACAUUUUUCCAUUGACAAGAACAAGCCCAAAAUCGAGGACACAACUGACUUUCCGUCGUUGACCACCUACCAAGAUGUGUCAUAUUCCAACAUUAGAAGUCCAUUAUCGCCCUGCACUGACCCAAUGUUCUCCCUGACACCCCCAAAGGUGAAACAUAAAAUGGCAAAAAAGAGGAUCAGUGCACAGCAAUCUCUGCAUCUCAUUUCAAAAAAACAAGGCUGUGACAGAGACAGUGAUAGCAGCAAGGACAUGUUGAUGGGACCAAGAACAAACAGUCACAAUGAUCGAGAGAAGUCCUGUAAACUAUUCAAAAGAAAUGACUCUGAUUCUAAAAGUACACACAUUUCUAUACACAAGCCAGAGAAAUGGGUUUGCAAAGAGGAGCCAUUUUUUUAAAGAAAGAACUGCGACCUGCUAAAGGCAAAAGAGCAAGUGAAUAAUAUUUGAAAGCAAGCCACUGCUCUGGUUGGGAAGUAUAAGAUCUGUAAUGUUGUCUUUGCAGCUAAGCUCAAUAAACUGUUUUGAAAAUGCAGCACUAAACAUGAGCAUCUAAUGUCAGUGUAAGCUGUAACUUCUUCCCUCCUAAACCAAACGACUCAGUGAUUUUUUUCACAUUUGUAGAGGAUAUUUUUUGCAUAAUGUAGGACCUCCUGACACAGACUGUACUUUGUCUAUGCAUGUACGGCAGACUCGGUGACAUUACUGUAACCUGAAGAAAAAACAGAACUCUCGGUGAUGUUUCUUCAAAUGUGCAAUAUCAAAACAGCAUUUGCAAUGUGUUGGUCCACUGAAAAGCUGCCUAGUCUUCACUUUUUUUAAAAGACGUCUGACAAAAACAAUAUGAAUUUUAAGACUGUCACAUUUCUGAAUCUCCCGUUCAGUUAACUGGUGAGUUGCACUUUAUAGUUAAACUAUGCUAAUUUGUUCAGUUCUUUGAUAAUUCAGUUUCCAUUUUAAGCACCACUUAUAUAAUUCUAAUUUCUAAUUAACACAUGCUACCAUUGAGAUUAAAGUUACUACUUUUGUGUGUUUAAUAAUGUAUAAAACAUGUAAAACUAUUUAAAUAAAUAUUGCUGAUAUUCUAAA